UUGGAGAGUCCAAGCAACAUAGUUUGCAGUAGUAUUAAUGUUACUUUAAUUUUUAGGAUUCGUUCACCAGGUAGAAAAUAAUAGCGAGCAGGAUGGAUCUGCUGCAAAGAUAAAAUUUGGCCCAAUCUUUAGUUGAAGGUGGCCAGUAGGAAGAAGCAAUGGCAUUAUUGUUAUCAGUCCAUGAUGUUACUCUGAAGCAAAAAUAAUGUCCAUUGUGGUGGAAUGAGUUCAAGUCCAAACAUCCCUAAGCUUCAAGGAUGAAGGGAGGUUUGAAGGUGUCACAGAUCUCUCUCAUCCUUAUUGGAUUCGUGUGUGCUUCUGUUCUUCUUUUGGCAUAUGUGAAAAGCCUAUUUCUUUCUUCUUCAGUACUACCUCAGAAUCAUGUCUUGCAGCUCUCUCCAGAUCUUAGAGUGAAAGAUGAAGAAGCUUUGGGAGAAGGAAGCGGAUUGGAGCAAUCAGAAGACAGUGUUAACUUUGAAUCUGAAAAAUAUCCUACUUAUGCAAACUCUUCGCCAGUGAUUAAGGUGACUGAAGAAUUGAUUACUCAUGAAGAAAUAGGAGGUAUUGCUCCGAAUAUCACUGAAAAAGGAGAUUUAACAGAUGUUUCAGACAAAAAAACUGGUUUAAUAGAGCAGGAAAUUGACGUUUCCACUGCUGUGAGUUCUGGGGGUGAACAUAGUGAAAUUUUUACAGCAACCCCGGAAAGACAAGAUUGCAACUUUGCUAAAGGCAGAUGGGUCAUAGAUGAUAGCCGACCUUUAUAUUCUGGAUUUGGCUGCAAGCAAUGGUUGUCAUCAAUGUGGGCUUGUCGUUUGACACAACGUACAGAUUUUGAAUACGAAAAGUUACGUUGGCGACCCAAAAGUUGUGAGAUGGAAGAGUUCACCGGUGUUAAAUUUCUGAAAAGGAUGCAAAACAAAACUCUGGCGUUUAUCGGGGAUUCGCUUGGUAGACAGCAAUUUCAGUCACUUAUGUGUAUGAUUACUGGUGGAAAAGAUAGACCUAAUGUUCUUGAUGUUGGGCACGAAUAUGGUCUUGUGCAAUCUCGUGGUUCUGCGCGACCUGAUGGAUGGGCUUUUCGAUUUCCAGACACCAAAACAACUAUUCUUUAUUAUUGGUCUGCUAGUCUCUGUGACUUGACACCCAUAAAUCCAUCCGACCCUGCUACUGAUUACGCCAUGCACCUGGACCGUCCUCCAGCAUUUUUGAGUCAUUUCCUUCCAAGGUUCGAUGUCCUUGUUCUAAACACAGGACACCAUUGGAAUAGAGGAAAGCUUAAGGCCAACCGGUGGGUCAUGUAUGUGGGCGGUGUUCCUAAUACAAACAGGAAGAUUGCGACAAUUGGUGGUGCCAAGAAUUUCACAAUUCACAGUAUUGUCAAUUGGGUGAACUCACAGCUGCCAAAAUACCCUCAUGUAAAAGCAUUCUAUCGGACUAUAUCCCCCAGACAUUUCUUUAACGGAGAUUGGAACACAGGAGGUACAUGUGACAACACUACUCCACUUUCCGAGGGGAAGGAGGUUUUACAAGACGAAUCAAGUGACUAUGAUGCAGCACGUGCUGUAAGAGGAACAGACGUUAAGCUUUUGGACAUCACUGCUUUAUCCCAGCUGAGAGAUGAAGGUCAUGUAUCUCGAUACAGCAUCAAAGCAACACCCGGAGUCCAGGAUUGUCUACAUUGGUGCUUACCAGGUGUUCCAGAUACAUGGAAUGAAAUUCUUUUUGCUCAAAUUUGAUAUACCUUAACUCGCAAACUACUGGUGUUGAAACUUGAAACUUCUUCUCCAUCUGCCAUCAAAGGAGCGCGAGUUGCCAAAUGAUGCAAAAUACUACAUGAGUAAUAUCGCGAAAUCUUUGAUCCAUGGAGAUACUAUAUGACUUAUACAUUAUAACAGAGAACUACAGCUGCUGCUUUGCCAUAUGCUAAGAAGAGGAGUUUUUUGUUUUAGGAUUUGAGGGUGGAAGAGAGCUCCACCAUUGAUUUGUACACUAUAUAUUCCACAUGAGUUUGUACUCUUUUAGAAAUAUGAGAAAACUAUCCAAGGUCAUUUAUG